ACUUGAAAGAAAGUUUCAAAAGUAUUGAUGUGGAGGAAGUAUGGCACAGCAUCCUAGAAAGGAUCCAGAAUAAAGUCCUAGGAGAAUUCUUGAACCAGCAAGGGAAGCUUGUAUCACUAACUGUCUCAAGAGACAAUGCCAUAGUGCACUUGAUGUUCAAGAACUCAGAAGACAAACUAGCAGCUGAAAAGUCUGAAGAAUCCAUCUCAAAUGCCCUUAAAGCUGCUCUUGGAUGCCCAGUCACUGUGAAUGUCAGUCGUGAACCAACACAACUAGAAUUUGUGACUACAAAAUCAGUAACUUGCAAUGAAAAGCAAGCCCCAGAACAUACCCAACAACAGAGAACACAAUUUCUUCAAAUAUCCAGACCAUCCAGUAGCCUGGAUAGCAGAGGGCUUGUUCUCAAACGAAGCAUGAGCCAGAAUUCUGGGUGGACAUUGAACAGUAAUUGGAGGUCCACAAAACUGCAAAACAGCAUGCAAAUGCAUGCCCACGAAGAUAAACACAUUGGUAGAAUAAUUAGAGAAAGCAUAGGCUGGAGUCCAGAGAUGCCUCAUGUGUCUGGUCACUUGACUGAAGGCUGCAGAGAGAGUCUCAUCAAAGAUCCUGAAAUGGCCUACUAUAAGCAGAGAUGGCUGUCAAUAUCAUCAAUACAACAGGGAGAUGCAAGCAUUGAGCCAUACAGCCAGGAUUUGUUGUUUGAGGAAGCAAAUGCAGAUAUACAGAUGCGUGCAAAGAAUUCAAAGCUCAACAAGGACCUUUUAAAGCUGAAACAACAAGGCAACAGCAUGAAAUACAUGGAUCCGAAUCGCUCUUGGAGUUGCACUGAGAGGUUUUGCAGGGGUGAAACAAUGGUGAACAACAGCAUAAGGGGUUUCACAACCAAUAGGCAUGUGCUCAAAUGGAUUAAUCCAUGCAAAGAUCCCAGCAUUACAAAAAAUAAAGCUAAGAAGGCCCAACAGGAUCCAAGGAAGACUCCUCCAACUUCAUCACAUUCUUCAUCAUAAUACAAAAUCCAGCCAAGCAACUCCUAUAAUUGCAGUGUCUUAUUGAAUGAUGAGAAUGUUCAAGUGCGCUGAUUACAAAUGAAUUGAAUCUUGUAGUGCCUUGUC